AUGCCUACUUGGUCGAGCAGACUUCUUUCCCCUAGCACACGCAACGAAGCAGGUCCGCAUUCUGCCAACGCGCCACCACUAUCUCCUGCCCGACCGCGACCUCGGAUAUCUGAAGCAGAUAUCCUUGACAAUGCCUAUGGCAUCCCGAUCCUCUCUCCUCCAUCCCUUACGAGCUAUGGCGCCUCGAGGCCUACACCAAGUCCUAACCAUGGACGUUCAAUGAGCCACCCCUUCCCCUCACUGUUCUCGAGCAGGAGGAAACGCCCUGGGGAGUCUGCGGCGGUCGCAGGGUUUGAAUCCGCAGAAGAAGAACCUGACUCUCACAUCGGGACUCGAAAUACAAAUCAGAAUCCAACACCAACACCAAAGCAAAGGCAAAAGGUGCCGGACAAGGAUUUGAUGACCGGAAAAUGUAUGACUUGCGACUCAUUGGUUAGGUGGCCGAAGGAGUUGAAAGUCUUCAGAUGCACAGUUUGCUUGACGAUUAAUGAUAUUAAACCUGUUGCAUUAGAAGCCAGACGGGGUGAUGGGCAUAGAACACCUGUUGCUGCUCAGGCGAUCACUCCGCUGUCUCUAGACAGAACCCGCAAGAUAGUGGACCAGUGCGUGACCGAGUAUCUUCUAGGGCGCCUGAAGCAUAAUACAUUGGGCACUGUGUCUUCACCACCUCAGUCACCUGUGCCCUCCCCUGAAGACGUUGAUAGCGAGCAGGUCUUCGAACAUGACACGAUUGAUGGGAGCCACGUCGAAGUCAACAGUCCCCCGAUACAUCUAUCGGGCCGUCCUAUCAACCAAAUGAAUGGAUUCCAGGGGCCUGUGAACAGCACCUGGCAAGCGGAUCAAUUUGACUCAGGGACCUACUCGAGGUCAUCUCCUGGGAGCUUUCUUGAUUCGCAUAUGAAGCAGAGCAGCCAGGAGCUUAACUCGCGGUCGGAAGACGCGAGCACAGCACAUGAGCAAGAUCAUCUGGGCGGCGAAAGCAACGACCACUCUUACCGGAACCGAGCAGAUACCACCAGGAAUAUUUUCAAACCUCUGGAAGAUUACAUUAUAACUUCCUUUGCUUCGUUUGAGUGCAUCAAUAGUUCGUUUAGUACAAUAAGACCCAAUGCGACCUCUAGCGCACAAAGUGAGGGCGCGAAGCGAAGCACGACUGCCCCCUCGAUCGAUCGACAAUCUCGGAAAGAUAGCCCGAUUUCUGUGCAUACGGCCGGAUCGUGUGCUGAUCAGGCUGCGCGGAACGAGACAGAAUUUUCUGAAAUGGAUGCGAAAACUCUUCUAGUUGGCGACUUCGCAGAAAAUGGCUCUUGGUGGACGGGUAAUAGAUCUGACCUGCGGAGUCCUGAUCGAUCACGCACUUUUCGUGGUGCCGAUACUCCACACGACAAUACUGAUACCGUUACCCCCAAAUCACCGCGGCUCGAUUGGUCUGAUGUUAAUGAAUGGUAUCGCACAGUGCUCAAUGCGGGCAAGUCAUGGCGUAAGAAGUUGGAUGACCUUUUGGCUUCAGAUCUGCAUGGUCCUAGUAUGGAGAUGCCGUCUAGCUUAGACUUGGAGGAAAUCGAAAAUCUAAUGUUGGAAGCGCAGUCUCACACGCAACGAAUUCUGCUCAAGGCCAUCGAAAACCUGCUUAAGCGACCUGGACGCCGUUUAAAAGAGCCUAGCGAUCUUCGCUUUCUUCUCAUAAUUCUGGUAAAUCCGCUGCUAUAUUCUACUCAACCGGCACCCAGAACAAUAGAGCGGAGCCGAUCAAGAUCGCGAAACAGAAGGAGCCCUAUGAACCAAGGACACCAGAUACCAAGGAAACCAGUCGGACUGAGGACCACUGGAAAGCUUGACUCGAGUAGAGGAAGCGCUGGACAACACUCCGGUAUCAUCAAACGAAUUCUUGGACUUCUGUCCAAUGUUCCAAACGAGUGCCACUACCACAUUGUCUCGUGGUUCGCCAGGUUUUCAGAUGGGCAAUUUCAGAGGACGACCGAUCUAGUUGGUAGCUUCGUGACCUACCGACUAACGAGACAGCAUGGCAAGAAGCGAGAAGUUGAGCAAGACCUAACUGGUGGGUUGAUACCAAGUAUUAGCGGCUCGGGGCGAAAUGCCUCCGCGGCCCUGCACGCUGCUCUUGGUCCCUCCAACCAGACCCCCAAAAAGAAUGAUAGCAGGCCAAAACCUGUUAUCUACAACGACGACUGGCAAAUUAAAGCUGCUGCGAGGGUCAUGUCGUUGAUUUUUUCUGCAAACAACAGCGGGCUGGUGAAACGUGGGGACUCAAGACCGGCUCGCGCCGCGUCGGAUACUGGCCACAGUCACAGUAUAGGCUUGGCCGCUCGUGGCAGAGCCCAGAGGCAUGGGCAGAUCUUGCCCACGAGUGAUUUCUAUAAUACUCUUCUUGACUACUCGGAUCUCAUCGCGGAUUUCGAAGCCUGGGAGUCGAAGCGAACCAAAUUCGCAUUCUGCCAAUACCCGUUCUUUCUCAGUAUCUGGGCAAAGAUCCAAAUCAUGGAGCACGAUGCUCGACGCCAGAUGGAAGUCAAAGCUAGAGAGGCUUUCUUUGACAGCAUUAUGACCCGGAAGAAUGUCAAUCAAUAUCUGAUUCUCAAAAUCAGGAGAGAAUGCCUGGUUGAGGACAGCCUGAAGGGGGUUGGUGCAGUCGUGGGUACUGGUGGCGAGGAGAUCAAGAAGGGUCUCCGCAUUGAGUUUCGAGGAGAGGAGGGCAUUGAUGCUGGUGGUCUGAGGAAGGAAUGGUUUUUGCUUCUGGUUAGAGACGUUUUCAAUCCAGAACAUGGGAUGUUCGCCUACGAUGACGACUCUGGGUUCUGCUACUUCAACCCCAACAGCUUCGAGACAACAGAUCAAUUCUUCCUCGUCGGGGUCGUUCUCGGGCUGGCUAUUUACAACUCGACUAUUUUAGACGUUGCUCUCCCGCCCUUCGCAUUUCGGAAAUUGCUUGCUGCCGCUCCUCCGACUGCAGCUGGUGCUUCAUCUCAUACAAAGCUGUCCAUGACGUAUUCUUUAGAAGACCUGGCCGAGUACCGGCCCGCCUUGGCUCAAGGACUUCGUCAACUCCUGGAGUUUGAAGGUGACGUGGAGGCAACUUUCUGUCGAGACUUUGUGGCUGAUAUCGAUCGGUAUGGUCAAAUUACUCAGGUUGCGCUCUGUCCGGAUGGAGACAAAAAAGCGGUUACCAAUGCCAAUAGGCGAGAGUUUGUUGAUUUGUAUGUUCGUUACCUCCUAGACACCGCUGUGGCCCGCCAAUUCGAACCGUUCAAAAGAGGCUUCUUCACAGUCUGUGGCGGAAACGCUCUUUCUCUUUUCAGACCAGAGGAAAUCGAGCUUCUGGUUAGAGGAUCUGAUGACCCGUUGGACAUUGCCUCCCUUCGAGCCGUCUCCGUCUGUGAAAACUGGGGUGUGCCCAAUGCCAAAGAGACCGAACCUGUGGUGCAGUGGUUUUGGAAAUCGUUUGAAGCAGCAACCCCAGAAGAUCAACGGAAGCUGUUGAGCUUUAUAACUGGGAGUGAUCGCAUCCCUGCAAUGGGUGCAACUAAUCUUGUGAUCAAGCUCUCUUGCUUGGGAGACGACUGUUCGAGGUUUCCUGUGGCGCGUACGUGCUUCAACAUGCUGUCUUUGUGGCGCUAUUCUUCGGUGGAAAAGUUGGAACGUAUGCUUUGGCGUGCGGUCAAUGAGAGUGAAGGAUUUGGAUUGAAGUAG